UUUUAAAUUCACCAUACUUGUUGAAGUCAGUUCAGAAAAUGUCGCCCACAAUUCAAACUUACUCCAACGAGUCCUUCCAUCAGAUUAUAAAUCACUUUGCUCCAAAAAUGAACCAUUACCGCUUUAAAGGAAUGGUGGCAAGAACCUACAUAGCAGCUUUGCAUUUUAAUGAGAAUGUUGGAAGAGCACAACAAGAAAACAAGGAAGGCGAUCUUGAAUACUCUUUGUGGUUCUCUCGUGCAAAAAAAGACUGGGUAGCUAAAAAACAUCUUGUCGAGCCUACAUUUGAAUACGCUGUUAACAUAAUUGAAAUGGCUUUGUACAUGGCUAAAAGUAACAUGAAAGAAUUCUUUUAUACUGCUGACAUAAUGUGCGACCCUGGAACAAUUGCUGGAAAAUUGCCGAAACCAGACAAAAAUCAGUUUGUGUCCAGUCUUCUCAGCCGAUUCAGAAAUCAAUAGCCAUACAGUAACAUGACGAUGUUACACUUUUUUUUAU